UAUUUUUUGAGAUGAUAGUGUUAUUAUUAAUCGCCAGAGGGAAUUAGUUGUUUUCAAAGGAAAAUAGUGACAUCUAAAAGCAAUAGUUAAUUUUACUCUCUCUCUCUACAACCAGCUGACUGUUAAAAAAAUAAUUCAGUCCCUUUUUUUUACAUGAUUCAACCAGAUUUUUCUCGAUUUGUGCAAAUUGUGUGUUUAUAAACAAAAAUUUUGCUGUGAGAUUUUGUGAGGAAAAAAAUGUUUUGAAUUCUACAUAUACAAAUGAUAAUAGAAUGAGUUGGACGAGCAGAAUGGCUCGUCAAGGAACGGAUUCAUUGUCAUUGCAUUCACUCACAAUGAAUUCAACAGGAAAUUCUGUUCUCACACCAACAUCAUCGUCAUCAUUAACAAUGAAUUCAACAACAAAAAAAUUAACAUCCGAAAAUGAGAUGGAAACAGAAAAGAAUUGUUCCGCCAUUUCACCAUCAAUGGAAUCGCGAAUUCCAAGACCAUCGCCAACUGCAUUAAGACGCUCAGCAAGUUUACGAUUGCGUGGUGAACGUGGUUCACAUUUACGAUCGCCAAUUGUCAGCUCAACUAUUCAUAAUAAUUAUCAAAUAAGAAACAAUAGCAAUCACAAUUAUCUUCAAUCGCAAUUGAAUGCGCAUGAAUUUUUUCCCAUUAUCAAUGAAAAUGGAUCAGAUACACCACGAAAUCGUUCUUCUAGUUUAUCACUGACGCCGGCAAGGCCGCGACCAAUUCACACGACCUCGGGUUGUAUUGUUGGAUUCGACGACAGCGAUGUCGAAAGUGUCAAAAGUUAUGGAAGUGCCUGCAGUACAGCGAGUGCCUGCGAUCAUGCAAGUUUUGCCCUCAAUGGUACCACAUGGUCAGGUAGAUCACGAAAAUACGUUGUUCAUUGUUCAAAUCACAGUGGAGACACUGAACAAUAUCUCACGCCCACGCAAAGAGCAGCCAGACAAAUUCGCAGGUUUCAGAUUCUCUUGAAAGAGGCGAAAAAAGAAAUCGAGGAGAAAAAUCAGGAAAUUGUUCGCCUAACGAAAGAAGUUGUUGAAUUGCGUCUUCAUAAGGCAUCGUUAAAUAGUCCUGAGGAAAAAACUGAUAGUAGUGAUGCGCCAACAAUACGUGAAAAUGAUCCAUUCUCACCGCAAUCGCCAACAAGAGAUCUUCCAGAUGAAGGACGAUUUGAAAAUGUUACAAGUCCUGAGAAACAAAUUUCUUCUGAAGUUCCAUCGUCAUUGGCCGAUUCGGGACAUUUUGAGGAUAGUUCCAUUCAUUCGAAGGAAGCCGUUUUUCUUCCCGAAGCCAAUAUCACUUCCACCACAAUCAAUAAUAAUAAUAAUAAUAAUAAUAAUUUAGUCGCUCAGCAACAUGAAAAUUCGCCGAAUUCGACAUUUAAUUCAAUUGUCGAAAUUCCUGAUUGGGAUGAAGAGAGAAGAAAGCUUGUCAAUCAUUAUGAGGGAAGAAUUGAGGAAUUGCAUCGUAGGCACGUUGAUGAACUUCAGGAGCUCAAGGAGAAGCAUAACGAUAAGGUUGAGAGUUUAUUGAAUCAAUUGGCCGAGGUAAAUACGCGAUAUUGUGAAAUUCGUCCGUCCGUCGACACAGCGGAGAUUCGAGUUCGCGAAUUGGAAACUGAACUCGAUGCUGUAAAGUCCGAACUUACGGAGCAAAAGGCUCUGCUAAGUGAUCAAGAAGAGAGAAAUAAACAAAUGUACCUGAAAAUGUUCGCCAAAGGUCAAGAAGCUGCAAGAAUUGAGCAAACCGAUCAGAUUCUCGAGCACGCCCAUGAAACACCGCCGAAAGUAACAGUAGCCGAACUCCUUCAACAACUUACAGUCACGCAAGCUGAAUUAGAAAAUAUUAAGGAUACAUACUACACGUCUGAACCGUGUUGUUCAGCAGAACGUAGUCCGUGUUUAUUAAGUGCUCAGGAGGCUGUUUCUCUCUGGGUGCUUGGUACACGUAAGGCGAUGUAUCGUCGAAUCGUGGAAUCCAGAAAUACACAAGCUGUUCUCGAUCCAGAGAUAACAUUACAAUUUUUAAAAUCAGCUAUUUAUUAUUUUCUCACCGAUAAGGAGAAUCAUCAGGGUCAUUUAAAUGCAAUUGAAAGUAUUCUUGGUUUUAAUGAAAAUGAAAAAUCGAAUAUCGAUAAGAUUUAUCGUUCAGUAAGAAAAUAAUUAUUAUUCUUCCGGCCCGUUGUCAAACACUGAGAGGUGUUCUUUUCUUUUCAAUAAUUCACAAUUUUAUUUCUUACUUAAUUUUCCAUCGAGAUUUAAUUGUAUUAUUUCUUGAUUAUUGAAUAAUUUUUCAAUUCUAAAUAAUUCUAAAAAUUUAUUUUAUACAUUUUUUUCAUAAUUUUUUUUCUCAGUAUAAUAUUUUGUUUUCAUAGAAAAUUAUCGUCGUUGUGAGCGAUAUUCAGUGCUGAGUUCUUUUUUGCAAAGGGAAUUUUGCAAUUUUUAUUUUUUACUUUUUUCUAUACCGAUAAUCGAUCUAGCAACUGUGAUAUGAAUAUAAUUUUUAUUAUUUAUUUUAUUAGUUUCAUUCUUGAAUUUUCGUUUAAUUGUUUUUUUUAAGUUCAUGCAUUAAUAAUUUUGAAGGUUUAAUGUCAAUUAAAUAUUUUAUUUAAAUGAUAAAAUAUUUAAGUAUUGUAAAUAGUAAAUUUUUUGUUUGGUUUAUAUAUAUAUAUAACUAUUUUUUUCUUUUGAAUAAAUUAUUAAUUCAUUUUUAACGAAAAAGUGAAACUAAGCACUGAAAAGCGCAAUGAAUGUGCUCUAUUUAAUAUGUAGAUGGUUAAAAAAUUAACAAGAUGGUAAAAAUUUUGAAAAAAAAAUAUAAAAAUUACCAACACAGAAAUCUACCUUACCGACUGAUGGAAAAACAGCUUUUUGAAAAAUAAAAAUAUAAAAAAUUACCGACGUAGGAAUCUACAUUAUUGACCUAUGGUAAUUACCGACUGAUGGUAAAACAGAUUUUUUUGAAAAAUGAAAAUAUAAAAAAUUACCGACGCAGGAAUCUACAUUACCGACUGACAGUAAAACAGUUUUUUUGAAAAAUGAAAAUAUAAAAAAUUACCGACACAGGAAUCUACAUUACCGACCGUUGGUAAUUACCGACUGAUGGUAAAACAGUUUUUUUGGAAAAUGAAAAUAUAAAAAAUUACCGACACAGGAAUCUACAUUACCGACCGUUGGUAAUUACCGACUGAUGGUAAAACAGUUUUUUUGGAAAAUGAAAAUAUAAAAAAUUACCGGCGCAGGAAUCUACAUUACCGACUGAUGGUAAAACAGUUUUUUUGAAAAAUGAAAAUAUAAAAAAUUACCGACAUAGGAAUCUACAUUACCGACUGUUGGUAAUUACCGACUGAUGGUAAUUUUUAUAUUUUCAUUUAUCAAAAACUGUUUUACCAUCAGUCGGUAAUUACCAACGGUCGGUAAUGUAGAUUCCUGUGUCGGUAAUUUUUUAUAUUUUCAUUUUUAAAAAAACUGUUUUACCAUCAGUCGGUAAUGUAGAUUCCUGCGUCGGUAAUUUUUUAUAUUUUCAUUUUUCAAAAAAUCUGUUUUACCAUCAGUCGGUAAUGUAGAUUCCUGCGUCGGUAAUUUUUUAUAUUUUCAUUUUUCAAAAAAAACCUGUUUUACCAUCAGUCGGUAAUUACCAACGGUCGGUAAUGUAGAUUCCUGUGUCGGUAAUUUUUUAUAUUUUCAUUUUUCAAAAAAAAUGUUUUACCAUCAGUCGGUAAUGUAGAUUCCUGCGUCGGUAAUUUUUUAUAUUUUCAUUUUUAAAAAAAAACUGUUUUACCAUCAGUCAGUAAUUACCAUCGGUCGGUAAUGUAGAUUCCUACGUCGGUAAUUUUUUAUAUUUUCUUUUUUCAAAAAAUCUGUUUUACCAUAAGUCGGUAAUUACCAACGGUCGGUAAUGUAGAUUUCUAAGUCGGUAAUUUUUUAUAUUUUCAUUUUUCAAAAAAUCUGUUUUACCAUCAGUCGGUAAUUACCAACGGUCGGUAAUGUAGAUUCCUGCGUCGGUAAUUUUUUAUAUUUUCAUUUUUCAAAAAAACUGUUUUGCCAUCAGUCAGUAAGGUGAAAUAACCCUAAUAAUUGCAUAGCGCUCAUAAAUGAAAUUCGAUUUUGCAAACGCGAUAUGAAUAAAGUCGACAGUGGGCCUUAAUGUGUUAAAAAAUAUUUAAAGAUAUGUUAUAUUAAGUCAUUUAUUGAAGAAAGAGAUAUAUUUAGAAAAAUGCAUUUUCCGCAAAUUUAAAAUAUGUGUGUGUGUGAUAAUAUAUAAUUUAAUAUAUCUAAGAAUGGAAAAUUUCAUCGAGUAUUGCCUUUCUUCGAAUUGAAAUAAAGGCGACAAACUUAUCAUUUAUUAUA